AUGGCAGGAACUAAAUUAGAAGUGGUGUAUUCAGAUGGUGAUUUGUGCACGAAUAUUCAACUGAAAAAUGUGGUGUUUGUAUAUCAAUGGAAUAUUCAUAAUUUCGUCGCUUGCCUGGAUCGCAAAUAUGAACUGUCAAGUCUAACAUUUAGUACUUGUGAAAGUAAAUGGAAACUGUUGCUUUACCCUAAGCCUGUAUAUCCGAAGGGUAAAAUGCUGGCUGCAUGUUUGAUUAAUAUGUCGGAAAACGAAAAAUCGUACGGAGUUAAAUACAAGCUAUGGAUUGUUUCCAGUCAAGGUAAUAAAAGUAUGGUGUCGAAGGAAAAAAUGUUUAGGAAUCGCCUUGAUUUCGAUGAAAAUAUUUUAGUAAGCCAUAAAGACCUAAUGGAUAAAAAUCUACUGCAAAGUGGCAGUUUAGUUCUAUGCUGUGAAAUGGAUGUGCUGCUAGAUUAUGUAGAUCUCAAUGAAGACCUGCAAUACUGCCAAUCUGCUCCAGUAAAGAAUAAUGCAUGUCAUCUGCCAAAUAAUAUUUCCUUCAAGCCAAGUGAAUCUGAAAUCAGUAACAAUUUAGAUCAACGAGUCAAUAUCAACAAGAAGUGCUCCGAUUCAAAACUUGAGAAAUUUUCGUCCGAUUCAAAAAAUUUUGCUGCUUUAUCAAAUGACUUAGAUUAUUUGUCUGCUUUAUCAAAUGACUUAGAUUAUUUGUACGUGAGUAAGGUUUUUGCCGAUGUUGUUCUACUUUGUGAAGGCGAUGAAUUUGUGGCACACAAGUAUAUUUUAGCAGCUCGUUCGGAUUACUUCAGAAGAAUUCUUUGUUCUGGAAUAGGUAUGAAUAAUAACGCAAUUGAAAUUUCUGACAUAAAAAGAUCUGUUUUGGAAGCUGUUUUGUAUUUCAUAUAUACGGGCAAAUUACGUGAUAUGACUUUUGACUUUGCCUUGGAUAUACUUUCUACUACUAAAAAAUUCUUUAUAAGUUUUUUCCAUGAAAGGUUAAUUGACUAUAUUAGAAAGACUCUAACUGUGGAUAAUGUAACUGAUGCACUCAAAAUUUGCGAAAAUAUACAUCAGAGCGAAUUAAAGCAGGUUUGUAUGAGAUUCGUCAAUACCCAUUACUCUGACGUUGUUAAUUCAUCAAAAUGGCAGGCAUUGUUACAGAGUAAUCCUGGAAUAGCUGGAGAAGUUUUGCUCACUGUUGCUUCUCUGAAAAAUCAUAAUAUUGCUUAA